AUGCCUCACCGCGCCGACAAUAUUUUCAAAAUCCAAUAUUCCAUCGGGUGGAGCGACCCUGAUCCCACACUUGAAAGAAAUUACUUGAAUCAAACAAGGGUUAUGCACAAUUUCAUGACACCAUUCGUAUCAAAGAAUCCAAGUGGUGCGUUCUUGAACUACAGAGAUCUUGACAUCGGCGUGAUGAACGGAGACAAUUACAGUGAAGGUUACUUCAAGCUCAGUGAGACUGGUGGACAUCUUUUGAACUUUUUACUCAACACAAGCACAUGGGAAUUAACAGACAAGAAAAAGGUGUCACUUGGGACACAACCAAUAACUUUGAGGACAUUUUCAUCAAAUAGGUCAACCCAUGUUUUUGCAGCCUCUGAUAGAUCAACAUUUAUAUACAACAGUUCAUGGUGGGAAAGGGAAAACAAACAUAGACAAAUUCACUUGGGUGGUAGUGCUCAGCAGGCUGCUUUGGCAAAUUAG